AUGGCACCAAUCUUCAACCUCCUCUCGAUCGCCAUCCUCGCCACGACAGUCUCAGCCAAACGCCGCCCCAAGCUGCCCAAGAACGGCAACAACAACGGCGAGUCGUCCACGGCCGCCGCCGUCACCGGCUGUCCUUCCAGUGGAACCUCAACAACCUAUCUCGACAAUGUGUACUGCUGUCCAGGUCAAUUCUACGGCCUAGCAGCCUUCGCCUACUGCGGCAUCUCCUGCUCGACCUCAGUUGCGGCUGCAACACCAGCCCCCAUCCCCGUUCAGGAGUUGCAAUCGAUGUUGACGAACGCGCUCGAUACUCCCGGUAUUCCGACGUUGAAUCCCAUACUUCCCGUUGGUGGCUGUGCGACUACGGUUUCGCUGAGGGAUGACGACUAUCGGGCGAAAGUCGCCGCUGCGACGGGAGGAUCGAGUGCGGCGCAGAAUACGGUCAUGGCCGGCGCGGCCCCGGCAGCGAUGGCCACGCCGGGCCUUGCGCUGGGAGCGGUGGUAGCUGUCGGGGCCCUGUUGCUUGCUGUGUAG